AAGGUAAGAGAGGACACUUCGAUACAGUAGGUGGCGGUAUGCACCUUUCACGUUGGUUUGUAACCCGUCAUUAAAUCUAAAAAGAAGAAAGCGUUAACUUCCGUGUAAAAUGACUCCAACUAUCCUGUGCGGCUUCAGCUUGCUAGCUAAGUAGCAACUGCAUCUCAGUAGAGUUAGUUAACGGACAGCUACUGCUACCGUCAAGUUAGUUCAAAUGGAUUAUACGGCAACUCAAAGUGGGUUCAGACAGCAGCCUAAUAUGCGUCUAAGGACUAGUAUGGUGGAUGGUUCAGAAGGCAGCCAGCUGUUUGAGGACACGAGUGGAGCUGCAUCUGGACCACAGCCGGGGUACAGUAACCAACAGCCUGGGCCUCAAGCAGCAGGAUUUCCUGGCCAGUCUAUCCUGUCAGACCCCAUGUCUAACCUGGCCAUGGCAUAUGGCAGCUCACUGGCGUCCCAGGGAAGGGAAAUGGUAGACAAGAAUCUGGACAGGUACAUCCCAAUUUCUAAACUGAAAUAUUACUUUGCCGUGGACACAGUUUACGUGGGGAAGAAGCUGGGCCUUCUAGUAUUCCCUUACAUGCAUGAGAACUGGGAGGUGAGCUACCAGCAGGACACUCCUGUGGCUCCACGCAUUGAUGUGAACGCUCCUGAUCUCUACAUUCCCGCCAUGGGCUUCAUAACAUACAUCCUGGUGGCUGGACUGGCCCUCGGCACACAGAACAAGUUUUCUCCGGAGCUGCUGGGAGUUCAGGCCAGCUCAGCGUUGGUGUGGCUGAUCAUGGAAGUCUUGGCGGUCCUGCUGUCUCUCUACCUUGUGACCGUAAACACUGACCUCACAACCAUAGACCUGCUGGCUUUUUCUGGUUACAAAUAUGUUGGGAUGAUCGUAGGGGUCGUAGCAGGCCUUUUGUUUGGGAGGCCGGCGUACUAUCUCUCUCUACUUUGGUGCUGUGUUGCCAUCUUUGUCUUCAUGAUCCGCACGCUGCGUCUGAAGCUGUUAUCUGAGGCGGCGGCGGAGGGAAGGCUGGUGAGAGGAGCCAGAAACCAGCUGAGGAUGUACCUCACCAUGUCUAUAGCAGGAGCACAACCCAUCUUCAUGUACUGGCUCACAUACCACCUCAUCACAUAAAACACACACACACACACUCAUUUUGUAGAAGAUGAACUUGGCUGUCCAAAUGCCUUUGCAACCCCUUAAAAACACUCGAG